ACGACAAGGCCAUCAAGAAGUGACGCGAAAAGUCGACGGCCAUCAAGAAGCGAUGCAAGACGACGACCAUGACGGCAGAGGGGAUGAGACGGCAGAGUGGGGGCGCGACUACGAGGGGAUGACGCGGCAGAAGGUUGUCCAUAGAAUCCUCCUACUCCUCCCGGCGAAAUCCCUCCUACGCUUCCGCUGCGUCUCCCGCCGGUGGAACGGCAUCAUCUCCAGCAACUCCUUCGUGCACGCCCAUGCCGCCGCUCCCCGCCUUGUUUCCGGCCUAUUAUACCAGAGCAGCCAAGGCACGGUGGUGUACGCCGCGUUCUGCCACGCCACUGCCUCCCUCCCCGACCCUUCCCUCUCUUUCCUCCCUGAGCCGGUCGCCGUCAAGGCCUCCGCUCGGGGCCUCCUCUGCUGCCGCGGUCGCUUCUCGUUGAUGUACUACGUCUGCAACCCCACCACCGCCGUGUGGGUCAGUCUCCCGAUGCCGAGGAAUCUGCACAACUACGACACAGAGGUGGUGUUGAUGAUCGACGAUCCGCCCCGGUCCAACCGAGUCUCCGAAUUCCGUGUCGUGUGCGCAUUUCCUCAAGUCGAUAGACUACAUCAUGUCUGCGGCUUGGAAACGUUCUCAACCGACGAGUGGCGGUGGGCUACGUCGAAGUGGACUCCGCGCCUGGGACGGCUGUUACCCGGGUCUGGCGUGGUGGUCGGCGGGCGAGCGUGCUGGCGGACGACCAUGAACACAGUGCUCAUGUACGACCCCAGGAAUGAGGAGCGGUGGGGGUUCGAGAGGCCGGAAAGAGACCUCGACGGCGUCACGUGGUGGGAGAUCGGCGUGAUAGAGGGGCAACUCAGCGUAGCGUACGCAAAGGUGGCAUCGACGCCCGAGUCAUCGACGAUGGUGGAGGUGAUGGUGGCCGACAGCGACUCGUGGUCCUUACGGGGGGCGUUCGGCUUCGGGCCAGGGUCGAGAGAGAACAACCUGAAGCCCCUGAGGAUGGAAGGGGACAAGGAGUUGCUGCUGUGGGAUGGGCAGAGGCACAUCCUGGGCCGCGACAUGGCCGGCCGGGAGACAAGGCUCCUCGUGGUCGACGCGCCGGCCACCUUCAGCGUCGAGUUCGUGCCUUACACAGCCACUCUACUGCAUGUGAAGAGGGGGAUCAGAAGCCAACUCGCCGGCGCUUCUACUUCCAGCCGCGUGCAGCGCUGAAUGGAUACUCAAACGAAAAGGUGUUUUCCGUUCUGCAAUACUUCGGUCUUCUUCUUCUCUUUAUUCUUCAGCAAGCUGACUGUUUUCCUCCAACAAUUAAAAGGCAUUGGCUGUGGCAUGAAGAACUUGUUGUCGCUGGGAAAAAAUGUUUUCUGUUUGACAUUGAUUCGGAAUUGUUGCAUCUGUUUGAUAAUAUGAGACCCAACAGGAGACAUGAAUGGAAUUUGUAGAACAAACAGAGGAUUUCUAC